AUGGAUCAUCCGCCCACAAACGAUCCCAGCCUCCAACCAGCUUCCAUCAAUCGUCGGAGCAAACCCCAGCUCUCCUGUAAUCUAUGUCGUCGAAGAAAGCUCCGAUGCGAUCGCAAGGAGCCCUGUGCGACAUGUACCGCUCGUGGAUUGGCGCUUUCGUGUGCCUAUCCUAGCAAUCAAACCCCAGCCCCACGCCGACGGCCGCCCGGGCCGUAUGAGACCGACAGGAGUCGCCCCCGAGCAACCGUUCACGACCGUUUAGGCCAGUUGGAGCAGAUUGUUGUUUCGCUGAUGCAGAAGACCACCUCUGGUGGCCAAGACCGGCCGGACCAGGAUUCAGUCGCGCCGAUUCCUCAAGAUCUCCCUGAAGAGGGCUCACGGGAAGGGGCCACCAAUUCUGAAGACUCUCCAGCUCAGUCCGAGGGUGGGAAUGUAUGGUUUAGCUCUUCAGACGCCCAGUACGUCGGGGGAACCCAUUGGGCUGCCAUCCUGGAUGGGAUCGCCGACCUCAAGGAGCAACUUGAACGGGAAGACCACGGGAGCAUGGAAAAGCCUGCUAUGCUGCAUACUUUCCUACUGUAUGGUUGUAAAUCAGCGAGUAAAGAAGAUAUCUUAGCAGCUCUGCCCUAUCGACCCGCCGUCGAUCGUUAUAUUUCCCAGUACUUUAAUCGGUUGGACCUGGCGUCAUGUAAGCCCAUGAUCUACAAUAUCCGAACCUCGGCUAAUACAAGGCAUCGUACUCUUCAGCCUGUCUACACAGCGUAUGAACGGUUCUGGGAGAAUCCAUCCCAGACCUCGGUCAUGUGGCUUGGUCUCCUCUUUUCUAUGAUAUGCCUCGCAGUGCUGGCUUCUAGUUCAGCAGACUCCAGCUCAUCUCCGGGAUUCCGAAAUCCGUUGGUGGAUACAUACCGCGAAAAAAUAGUACAGUGCCUCAUUCUAGGCGAGUACACCAAAUCCGGGCGUUACGUGUUUGAAACUCUAUAUCACUACUUGACCAUCGAGUAUUCUAUCCGCAAGGAUGCUGACCAGGACAUCUGGAUCCUUUCGGGAAUCUCAGUCAAUAUAGCCCUGCGCAUGGGCUAUCACCGGGAUCCGUCACACUUGCCAGGCAUCUCCCCAUUUGCAGGAGAGAUGAGACGGCGGGCCUGGGCCACCAUUCUGCAGGGAGAUAUCCUGAUCUCCACCCAAAUGGGUAUGCCACGCAUGAUUAAGGAUUGGCAAUGUGACACAGUAGAGCCUCGUAAUCUGAAUGACUCGGACUUCGACGAGGAUUGCUCCGAGCUUCCCAUGUCAAGGCCAGAGACAGAGACCACCACUGUUUCGCACCUGGUUGCUCGACGACGUAUCUUUGCCGCCUUGGGUGUGAUCGUUGAUUUCACCGCGUCGGUGCGACCAGUGACCUACGACGAGGUAAUGCGACUAGAUCGGAUUCUGAAUGAUGCGGAGACUACGAUCCCUGCCUACCUCCGCAUGAAGGCCAUGACCGGGGCGGUGACUGAUCCCCCGCAGGUGAUUAUGCAUCGUCUCUUCCUCAGACUGAUGUUUCACAAGGGUCAGAUUAUGCUACACUGCAAGUACCUAAGCCGGGACCCAGCCACGGUUUCCGAAAGUCACACUUCAUACUCCUACUCGCGUACCUCUUGCAUAAAGGCAGCCUUGGGUAUUUUGGAAAUCCAGCACAUUUGCGACGAGGAAACCGGUCCAGAUGGCCAGCUUUAUACAAUACGGUGGAGGGCUUCCUCCUUCAUGAAGCAUGAGUUUCUGACAGCCACGAUGCUGCUGUGCUUUCUCGCACGACAGCCAGAUGCUCUGACUGAGGGUCACAACUUGGAUCAAAUCAUAGCAGCCUUAGCAAGGGCGCAUAGUAUCUGGAUGAGGUCAAGGAAUGCGUCAGCGGAAGCGAAGACGGCAGCAGACACUCUCAGCAUUGUUCUUGCUCGACAAUCAGGCGAUUCUGAUAUGGGCGAAGAUGGCCAGGGUAUGAACAAUAACUUCGCCCUAAAUCCAGGUCAGUCGGCCGUCCUACUUUCUCCCCGUGUCCCUGCUUACAAUUUCACAGCUCUGCCUAUGUCCUUUCCCGCCGAAGGGCUCAAUGACAACGGUCUAAGGGAGAAUUUUUCUUAUGGAUUCCCCUUCAUAGGGUCCAGUCAAAUGUUCAUAGGCCCAGCCAUGAUGAUGGAUCCGAACCCCGCAUGGCAAUGGCAAAAGGUUUGUUCCAACUCCGUUCCUCUACAGAUGUACCACUCACCAUUAAAACCUAGUAUUUUGAAACCGAAUUACCGCAGGAUCCAGUCUAGGGCAUCCGUGCAGAGUGUGGAGUUCGGCAUGUUGCGUUUGGGAAUUUUUCGGUGGAAUACCAGCUUAGCUGAUAUGGCCCCGAUGAACGACCAGGAGCUGGACUGCCGUAUAAAGAGGCUUCGAGAAAGAUGCCUCGUGAACGCGGGGGUAAGAAGCGUCGGCAAGCAGCUCGGCUUCAAGGGACCAAUCCGGAGCAUCGCUCUCGAGGCUAAAGAGAUGAUGGUCAAGCUCGCGAAUCAGGUCGCGCACCCUCUUGGAAUGUUAGAUAAGCUAGGCGCCCAUACGCGGCCACUGAGCGCCCUUGAGUGCGAUGCGCAGCGCGUCGACUAUACAAACCUAAAAGUAACACCUGCAGGAUCCUAA